AUGCCAUGUCAUGAAAGACAUAAUCAACUACCCCCUGAGGGCGUUGGCAAGCGCUCGUCUAGGUUGGGCUCUAAGCUGCUCCUGCCGCUCGUGAUAGUGUUGUCCUGGGUGUACACCUUCUCCCAGACAGUGGCAAGCGUCGUACUGGAGAAGCAGGAGCGCGUCAAGGAGUUGCUGGCUGUGAUGGGCGUGAGCCGCGGCGUGCAGUGGUCGGGCUGGAUGCUCGAGGGCCUGUGCAGCUCCAUCAUCACCUGCAUCGUGCUGAGCCUCCGUCUCAAGUUCGGUGGGCUGGCCGAGCGGUCAGACGUGACCAUCAUCCUACUGCUCCUCGUGUCGUUCGUCAUCGCCAUGAUGUCCUUCGCCAUGUUGGUGUCCACCUUCUUCUCGAGAGCAACCUUAGCUGGCCUGGCCGCCGUCAGCAUCUACCUCCUCCCAGUCUUCACCGGCAUCGCGACCAGCCUGUUCUGUAACGUGGCCCUAGCCGAAGCCUGCCUCGUGCUGGCCAACUCUGAGGACAGCGGGGUGGGCCUGCAGUGGGCCAACAUCAACGACCCUGCAGGCCCGGGCGAGUCCUACACAGUAACGGGCGCCAUCGGCAUGCUCUGGUUGGACGCGGUGCUGUACGCCGUGCUCGCGUGGUACAUCGAGAACGUGUUCCCCGGGGAGUUCGGAGUGCCCAAGCAUUUCUAUUUCUUCCUCCAAAAGUCCUACUGGUUACGCACUCCGUCUCCGAAGGACGCAAGUACACUUCCUGCUCCGCACGGGAAUCUAGCUAACAGCAAUUUCCUAGAGCCGGAGCCUGAGAACGCAGUCGUUGGCGUGUCCAUCGACUCGUUGGGCAAAGUCUUUGGAAAGAAGGAUGCCGUCAAAGGUCUCAGCUUGAACUUUUAUGAGAACCAGAUCAGCUGUUUCCUUGGACACAACGGAGCGGGCAAGACCACAACCAUCUCCAUGUUGACGGGGACGUGCACGCCAUCGUCCGGCACGGCCAGGCUUUACGGCCUGGACAUCCGCAAGGACAUGGACGCCAUUCGCGCCAACAUGGGCGUAUGCCCGCAGCACAACGUGCUCUUUAACGGUCUGACGGUGGAGGAGCACCUGCUCUUCUUCGGCCGCAUCAAGGAGAUGUCGGAGAAGGAGCUCAAGGGCGAUAUCGACAUGAUGCUGAGCGAGAUGGACCUGGAGGAGAAGAGGAAGGCCUUCGCCAACACGCUGUCUGGGGGUAUGAAGCGUAAGCUGUCCGUGGGCAUGGCCUUCGUGGGCGGCUCCAAGGUCGUCUUCCUGGACGAGCCGACGGCCGGCGUCGACCCCUUUUCACGUCGAGGCAUUUGGGAGCUGCUUGUCAAGUUCCGCAAAG